AUUGGACUACAGGAAACUAGAGGUUGGGGGCUGGGCAAAAUCAAAGAAAAAGCAGCUAUGGCAACACCAGCGCUUGAGGCUUGAAGAGGGAGUCGAGCUGAAAGAGAGUGGGAAGAGAAAGAGUUUCUCCGCUUAUAGCAGGAGUUUUUAACCUGUGGUAUAAUUUUUCUCACAGAAGAAUACUCAGUUACUCAUGAUGGCAUUUGCACCUCCAAAAAGCAUGGAUGGUCCCAAAAUGCAGACAAAGAUGAGUACCUGGACACCCUUAAACCACCAACUUUUGAAUGACCAGGUAUUUGAAGAAAGAAGAGCUCUGCUUGGAAAAUGGUUUGACAAAUGGACAGACUCUCAAAGGAGAAGAAUCCUGACGGGCCUGUUUGAACGCUGCUCCCUGUCACAGCAAAAGUUCUGCUGUCGAAAGCUUCAGGAAAAAAUUCCAGCAGAAGCGCUGGAUUUUACUACCAAGCUUCCAAGGGUGUUAUCCUUAUACAUCUUUUCUUUCCUGGACCCCCGAAGCCUUUGUCGUUGUGCACAGGUGAGCUGGCACUGGAAGACCUUAACAGAACUGGAUCAGCUCUGGAUGCUCAAAUGUUUACGGUUUAACUGGUACAUCAAUUUCUCUCCAACUCCCUUUGAGCAGGGAAUAUGGAAGAAGCACUAUAUUCAAAUGGUGAAAGAACUUCACAUUACCAAGCCUAAGACACCUCCAAAAGAUGGGUUUGUGAUUGCCGAUGUUCAGCCAGUUACAGGCAGUUCUCCAGAGGGAAAGCAGUCUCCUUCAUCAACCUUCCGACCUUCUUCUUCUUUAAGAAAGAAGAAUCACCCAGGGGAGAAAGAACUCCCACCCUGGCGAUCCUCUGACAAGCAUCCUACUGAUAUCAUUCGCUUCAAUUACCUGGACAAUUGUGACCCUAUUGAGCAGAUUUGGCGAGGAAGGAAGAAAAGACAUGAAAGGACCCCAGAUUCCAGCCGGCAGACACAUGAUAAGAAGAAUAAAUUGCAGGACAGAUCUAAGCUGAGAAAAGCACAGUCGCUGCUAUCCCUAAAUGCAGAACCCAGCUCCCCUCUGCAAGUUCGAGCCCGUCGGGCCUGGCCUCCCCACCAGGGGGUGGGGCUCCCCGCCAAAGAGGCGGCCGCAGUGCCAGCUCUCGCGCAGCUUCUUCAGAGACACUCUGGCCUUCGGUCGCUACCCAUCCAGGCUCCGGAACUGAAGCUGAUUUAAAGAUGUGAAAAGAUCUGUAUAGGAAUGACAAGAGGCUCCACACCUUGGAGCGUCGGAUGUUAUGUGGCUCCUCUGUUAGAAACUGUCGGUUUAGGUACCUUAUUGUGAAAGUGAGUUCUACAGUGUUUAGCAAAAGGUAUU